CCCUUCCCUCUCUCCUCACUCUCUCUCUCUCUUUCUCACUCCCUCCCACCGUACGCAUUUCCGAUUAACAAGGGGGACGUUCAUGCUGGCGGGUCGGCAGAAACGUUGCUCGUCUUGGCAUGAGCCAUCGACGACAUUUUCCAAACUCCGGCUGAACGUUUCUCAACUCCCGAGCGAGAGAGAAAGAGAAAGUGGAGCGUGGGACAUUCUCUCUCUCAGGUGACAGUGACACCAUUUGUCAGGAUGGGGAUUAAGGGACGUCCGUCUGUUGUGUCCAAGUCUGGCCAGGGGGAGAAGCCCAGAGGAUGCACUGUCAACCCCUUCAACAGCAUAAAGUUUUUCGUUCUGUGUCAUGGACUCCUGCAACUCUCCCAGCUCAUGGUAUCCGGGUACAUGAAGAGCAUUAUCUCUACCGUUGAGAAGCGAUUUGGGAUGACGAGCCAGAACUCGGGGAUGCUCUCCUCCCUCAAUGAGAUUGGAAGCACAGUGUUCAUCGUCUUUAUCAGUUACUUUGGGAGCCGGGUUCACCGGCCACGGCUGAUUGGCUGCGGAGGGAUCGUGGUCAGCGUGGCUGCCUUCACCAUGUCCCUUCCCCACUUCCUCAUGGGUCGCUACACGUACGACAGCACUGUCUCAAACCAUGUUGACGUUGUUACCGAUACCUGCCAGUUGGCGUCAACGGCUCAGCAACUGACGAACAAGACCUGUGAGAUGGGCACUGUUCAAAGUGACCACUACAUGUUGUCCCUCCUGAUGGUCGGACAGCUGUUGUUGGGCAUCGGUGGAGUCCCCAUCCAGCCCUUCGGGAUAUCGUACGUGGAUGAUUAUGCCAGCAACAGGAAUUCACCACUGUAUCUUGGGAUUUUGUUUGCAGUGACCGUUCUGGGUCCUGCCUUUGGCUUUGUGUUGGGUGCAUCUGUUCUCCGCAUCUUCAUUGACAUUGACAAGGUAUCAGCAGAGGACAUUUAUCCGAAGUUUGGAGACCCUCGCUGGUUGGGGGCCUGGUGGUUAGGCUUCCUCUUGGCAGCCAGCUGUGUUCUCAUCUUCUCCUUUCCUUACUUCUUCUUCCCAAGGGAGAUGCCCAAGGAGGGUUCCAGGGAUCACCAAAUUGACGCCAACAUGGAAAAAAAGUUGGACGAGUCUAAAGCCAAGCAGGCAGACGCAAUGGAGAAAAUGUCAUUGUUGCAGUUCAUCAAAAGCUUCCCCCGUAUCCUGGUGCGGACUCUGAAGAGCCAGGUUUACCUGAUGGUGGUCUUGGCCCAGGUGUGCCUGUCGGCCCUGAUGUCUGGCCUCAGCGUCUUCAUCUCCAAGUUCCUGGAGCAGCAGUUCUCAGUGACGGCCUCGUUUGCAAACCUCUUGAUUGGAAGUGUUCAUGUCCCUGGGGCUGUGCUGGGCAUCCUGGUGGGAGGAAUGAUCAUGAGAAGGUUCAGCAUCACUCUCCGAGGCUCGGCUGUAAUGUGCUGCCUGGCCAUCUUCCUGUCCAUCUGUGCUGCCACUCCGCUCCUCUUCCUCGGAUGUGCCACGCAGAAGGUCGCGGGAGUGAAUUACCCUCUGAAUAGCACGUUGGACAUUAGGAUGGGCUGUAAUCAGGGAUGUUCUUGCCGGGAUCAAGUCUACAACCCCGUCUGUGCGGACAGUGUCAUUGAGUUCAUCUCUCCGUGUCAUGCUGGUUGUCGGAACGUUGUCCUGGACGCUGAAAGAGUUGUGAAGAAUUACAGCAACUGUAGUUGUGCUCCUGACCCAUCACGGGUGUCGCCGGGCACCUGUGGUACAGGCUGUUACCAUCUUCUCCUGCCCUUCAUGUUUUUCCUGACGCUGACCGGUUUCGUGGCCACGCUUUGCCAGACGCCGUCGUUCAUGCUGGUGCUGAGGUCAGUGAAGCCUGAAGAUAAAUCCUUUGCGAUAGGAAUUCAGUUCAUGUUAUUCCGAGUUCUAGCCUGGUUGCCUGGGCCGAUCCUCUAUGGAAGCACGAUCGAUAGCACGUGUAUCCGAUGGGAGAGAAAAUGCAAGACCAAGGCAGCGUGUCGAUACUACAACCUUGAUCUCUUCCGAACUCGGUACAUCGGGCUGCAGAUGGUGUUCCAGAGUGCUGGCUUACUGUUCUUCCUAAUGGCCUACUACUUCCUCCAGAGGCACUUCCUGAGACAGGAGAAGCAGGAGAAGCCAUUGACUGAAAUUCAUCCUCACCCGAAGGAGGUGGAGGAGAGAGAGCUUCUGAUGGAUCAAGGCUCAAACACCGUCUCCCAGCCGAAGGUGUGAGAGGGCAUCCAGGGGCAGCUGGUCAUAUAAUCUGUAUUUAAUCUCCAGUGCCAGCACCAAGAGGCUCUCAGUUUCAGUCAAUCCCAGACAGCCCCUGCUGUGUAAUAGUCUGUGAUGUGGUAUUUGUUCCAACGUUCCAUCUUGGGAGAGAACUUUAUGAGGAUGAUCUCUGAGAAGACGGAGGGGAACCACCUCUUGUUCAUGUGCCCGAUGCUGAGUAGGGGUUUCUAUCCCUGCGCAGUUCCCCGACAGUUCCUAGGUGCGUCAGGAAAGUAUCCUGGCUCAAAAAAAUGAAUUCAGGGUUUGACACAAGCCUAGACCCUGGUUAGUGAAAGAAAAUGCCAUAAACAACUCCAACCAGUGGUUAGUGAUACCGUUAAGGUACAGACUUAUUUCAAAGCAGCCAGGGAAAAGCGCUGUUUUGAGUUAACAGCCAACACAGCGCAAGGAUGUGCUGGGGGCAGCCCGCAAGUGUCACCACACAUUCCAACACCAACAUGGCAAACCCACAAUGCUUGCAGUUAGCACAAUAUUAUUACAGCUCGGGGUGUCGGAGUUCAGAGAUCAAUUCUGCCGCCAUCUGUGAGGAGUUUGUACGUUCCUCCCCAUGAACUGUGUGGGUUCCGGUUUUCUCCCACAGUCCAAAGACGACGUAUCAGUGAGUGCAUCAAUUGAUCAUUGGAAAUCGUUCUGCGAUUAGACUAGAGUUAAAUAGGUGUGUUGCCAUGCUUUGCAGCUCAUCGGGCCAGAAGGGGCCUUUUUCUUCCGCGCUGCAACUCUAAAUAAAAAUAAACGAAUUAAGAAAAACAAUACAAAAUACAACAAGUAACAAAGCAGGAAAAGAAGCCCGUUUCCUCCCUCCUACACACACGGACAGUCCACCAACUCCAGGACAGGCCUCUAUCCUCCAGUCUCCAGGCGUUGGCCAUUGUGUUUUAAUUUCCACUCUUCUGAUCAACCUUCGGUCUUCGGUAUUGACCCCAGGACCAGCUGACGACGGGACCCUGAACUCGCCUGAGCGAUGGGCUCGCCGACUCAUCAGCCCUCAUUCUUCCUGCUCGCAAUAGACAUCUGAUCCCAGGACCCACUGACCUGAAAGAGCCCAACUUCUCCAGAUGUCCAUUGUCUGUUCACAUUGCUGGCCUUCAGCACGGAGCAGAGACUCAGACUCCAGGUGUUCUUCGUCCCACAACCACGUCACAAGAUUUCAACUGUGGAAUGGAGGCCAGAUGUCCUUAAUCAACCGUCCACAUCACUGGACUUCGAACACAGAGCAGAAGCCUGACCUCUAACUCUUCCACAUCCUUGUGUCUAAAACCUAAUCUUACCCCUAACUCUCCUCUCUGUCCCCAAAAAUAUCCAUAAAAACUUAAAGACUGAACCACAAUCUUGAUGGAGACCAAAGUUUGGUGCCAUCUUGACCAAAACCCUCAAACCUCAAAUCCCUCUAAAAGCUCAAAAGGGAUUGCUUCUGAAGUGGUGGUGAUAUAAUAUUCCCACUCAGAGCCUUAGUACCCGUGAAGGUAUUUGUGACUGGGCAGUGGGGAGAGUGUGCUCUCCCAUGGUCCUAUGGUUGUCACUGGACGCUUUCCAGAAUUAUUCAAGUAUACACUGUCCUCAUUGAAGUUAUUGCCAUCAUGUCUUCCUGCCCAUGGUUUAUCCAUAUGCAUGGAUGUUUGGAUUUAGAUUUAUUUAUCACAUAUGCAUUGAAACAUACAGUCAAAUACAUCAUCUGCGUUAGUAACCAACAUUAAAGAGAGAAAGAAUGGAGAGGUAGUCUUCAUGAGUUUAUGGACCAUUGAGAAGUCUAAUGGAAAAGGUAAAGAAGCUCUUCCAAAAUCAGUGAGUGUGAAUCUUCAGGCUCCUUUACCUCCUCCUUGAUGGUAGUAAAGAAAGAAGAUGUUCCAGAUAGUGAAGCAUUGCCUCUUGAAGAUGUCCCCGAUGAUGGGGAGGGGUGUGCGUGAUGGAGCUGACCGAGUCUACAACCCUCUGCAGCCCCUUUUGAUCCCACACAUUCAAGCCUCUGUGCCAGACAGUGAUGCAACCAGUCUCCACAGAACAUCCACAGAAAUUUUCAAGUCUCUAGUGACAUACCAAGUCUCAAACUCCUAAUGAAGUAGAGCCGCUGGUAUGCCUUCUUCAUAUCAAUAUUUUGGGCCCAGGAUAGAUUUUCAGAGAUAUUGACAAAAAUUGGUGAGAAUUGACGAGGACAUGCCAGAAUAGAUCUUCAGAGAUGAGCUUGGAUCUGCUCAUUCUUUCCAUUGCUGACCCCUCAAUGACGACCUAUGUGUGUACCCUCAACCUCCACUUCCUGAAGUCCACCAUCGGUUCCUUGGUCUCACUGACAAGGUUGUUGUCAUGACUCCACUGGACCAGCUGAUCUUGCUCAUUCCUGUAUUCCUGUCUAUUGAGCCAGCUUAUCGCCUGAUUUCACUUUGCCGCUGCAUUUUAUGGGCUGAAGAUGUGAACGGCACUGUAGAAAUGCAGUUGCUCAUGCCCUGUCUGCGUGUACACAUCCACUGAGCUAUCAGGCGAUGUCUUCAACAGUAUUAUGUAGAACAUUUGGCAGCAGACACAAAAUGCUGAAGGAACUCAGCAGCUCUGACAACGUCUAUGGAAAUGAAUAAAGAGUCAACAAAUUGUGUAAAUACAAAAAAAAAGACUAAAUAAUAAAUAAACAAUACUGAGAGCAUGAGUAGUAGAGAGUCCUUGAAAAUGAGUCUGUAGGUUGUCGAAUCAAUUUGGAGUUGAGAUGAGUGAAGUUCAGGAGCCAGAUGUUUGCUGGUGGCGUGGGUCCGAAGGAUUCUGUACCUCCUCCCCGUUGGCAGCUGCAAGUAGACAGCAUGGCCUGGAUGGCGAUAUAUAUGUACUCUGAUAAUAAAUUUACCUUGAACUUUGAUAAAUACCCAACUACACAGAAGGGAUGUAGAAAUGGAGGAUGUUACUGAGUGAGCUAGGGAGGGAUGAGAAGGAGAGUCUGGACCCUGCUGUCACAGAUCACAGUUCUGAACACCACACACCUGCUACUGAGCUUCAACAGAUCUUUGCUCCGCAUGUUAUAUUUUUCUGCUGCAAACCCCAAUCUUGGAAUGCUGCCUUGGAAUUUAAGACUCAUUUUCCUUUGUAUAUAGCACAGUGAACUUUAGACCAUGUUGAUCACGGCAAAGCAUUAAUCCCUCUUUUAAACUUUCAUGAACUGUAUUGCCAGCAGAUGUAUUUUAUUACAUGUAUUGUUCAACUGUGAUGAAUUAUGAAAACUGUGAGAAAGACAUUUUCAAUCCUGACAUUUAUCAUUUGAAAGGGGGUUCAAAAUGUGAACAAGUUCAAGAUUGUUUACUGUCAUUUCUAGUACACAAGUGUCAAGGAAAAUAAAGUCGUUAGUACUCCA